CCUCCAGAAACUACCCAAGAGAAAAUGGCAGCAGGAAAUCAUUCCACAGUAACUGAGUUCAUCCUUGCUGGACUAACAGAAAAACCAGAGCUCCAGCUGCCCCUCUUUCUUUUCUUCCUAGGAAUCUACAUGGUCACAGUGGUGGGGAACCUGGGCAUGAUAACAUUGAUUAAAUUCAGUUCUAACCUUCACACUCCUAUGUACUAUUUCCUGAGUAGUUUGUCUUUCAUUGAUCUCUGCUCUUCCACUCUCAUUACUCCCAAAAUGCUGGUGAACUUUAUUACUGAGAACAUCAUCUCCUACCCUGAAUGCAUGACUCAGCUCUAUUUCUUCCUCAUUUUUGCUAUCUCAGAGUGUUACAUGCUGGCUGCAAUGGCAUAUGACCGUUAUGUUGCUAUCAGUAGCCCAUUACUUUAUAAUGUCAUUAUGUCCUCUCGAGUCUGUUCCUGCCUGAUUUUGGGGGUGUAUAUUUUAGGCCUGGUUUGUGCCUCAGUACAUACAGGUUGUAUGCUCAGAGUUCAUUUCUGCAAACUUGAUGUGAUCAACCAUUAUUUUUGUGAUCUUCUUCCUCUCUUAAAACUCUCUUGUUCUAGUACUUAUGUCAAUGAAUUACUAAUUCUAAGUGUUGGUGCUUUUAACAUCUUUGCCCCAACCCUGGCCAUCCUUGGCUCUUACACCUUCAUUGCUGCAAGCAUCUAUCACAUUCACUCCACCGAGGGUAAAUCCAAAGCCCUCAGCACAUGCAGCUCCCACAUUUUGGCUGUUACAAUCUUCUAUGGUUCCGCAGCAUUCAUGUACCUCCAGCCAUCAUCAGCCAACUCCAUGGACCGAAGGAAAGUGUCCUCCAUGUUUUAUACCAUUGCUGUGCCUAUGCUUAACCCUCUGAUCUAUAGCCUGAGGAAUAAAAAUGUCAAUGCUGCCCUGAAGAAAAUGCUAGAAAAAGAACAUUUUAAUGAAUAA